UAUGACGUCAGAUCAUCCUGCUUUAGGACUUGCUGGGCUUGUCGAAACAUCGUGACUAAUUAAGCGUUACACUGUGGUGUGAUAUUUUAACUGUAAUAUAAUUGCUUUCACUUGAAAUUGAGAUGUAAUUUUAUCCGGUUCGAAUGUAGUUUACUAUUUCUUGAGUCAGGAUUAGUAUGGCUGCGAGUGCUUCGGGGAAUCGGAGUUUUACUUUUAAAGUUGUUCUGCUGGGAGAAGGUUGUGUGGGUAAAACAUCGUUAGUUCUGAGAUAUGUGGAGAAUAAAUUCAAUGAGAAACAUGUAACUACAUUACAGGCUUCUUUUCUUAAUAAGAAACUUACUAUUGCUGGAAAGCGUGUUGAUUUAGCCAUAUGGGAUACUGCUGGCCAAGAAAGAUUUCAUGCUCUUGGCCCUAUAUAUUAUAGAGAUAGCAAUGGAGCUAUUCUUGUAUAUGACAUUACAGACGAAGAUUCAUUCCAGAAGGUAAAAAAUUGGGUCAAAGAACUCAAGAAAAUGUUAGGAACUGGAGUGUGUAUAUGUAUAGCUGGGAAUAAAGUAGAUUUAGAAAAACAGAGGGUCGUAACUGUAGAAGAAGCAGAACAAUAUGCAUCUUCUGUUGGUGCUAAGCAUUUUUUGACAUCAGCCAAAUUGAACAGAGGCAUUGAAGAACUGUUUCUUGAUCUUAGUACCAGGAUGAUAGAAGUUGCCGAGAGUAAUGACGAGCAUCGACUGAGUAGUCUGGGACGUGGAAACAAUCAGCGAAGAAAUGUAGUUGUUGUCGAAGAAGAUCCACAGCAGCAGAAAAGUGGAUGUUGUGGAGGUUGAUAGGUUAUCUAUGUAAGUUGCAGCAUUAUGGCUAUUGUAGCAAGUUUCAUGGACCAUGUAAAUGAGAAGGAAUAUACUUGUUUAUAUAAUGAUAUAAAAAAAUCAGCUCACAGAAAUUUGUCAAGUUAUAUUUUAUGUGAUACUUGUUAUGUAUUACAAGUUUUGUAAAAAAAAAAAAAAGUGAAAAAAAGCUAAACAAUCUUUAUUAACAAUGUUCAGUAGGAAAAUUGUUCCAGUUUAAUCACUUUCCCAUUAAAAAUAUUUAUGCUAUUGUAAAGACCAACAAAAAUGCACAUCUGCAAGUCAGAUGCAUGAGAAUAUAAAAAUUUUUCCUUGUAAUUUAAAAAUAUAUAAAUAAACUUUAUUAUAAUGCAGUCA